UCGCUGCCACUCUAGCCUCCGCUCCCUCAUCUCUAUUUGUCUGCUAGCCUGCUACAAAAUCCUAGAACUAUUUGGUUCAAAAGGCUUAUGCUGAAAAGUAGUGUGAUUUCAAAUGCUUCUGCUGAAAAGUAGUGUCAAUCUUCAGCAGAAUUAGCCUUAGAGGGUGUUUGUUUCCAGGGACUUAUUGGUUUAGGGACUUGAAAAAGUCCCUAUAAGUCCCAUCUAAACCAAACAGGAGGGACUUAUAUGAACUUAAAGUGGGCAUUUGGGACUUAUGAAAUAAGACUCUCAAGGCGAGUCUUAUAGGAACUUAUAAUUGUAAUAUGGUCUUUUAGUCCAUGUUAAGUCCCAGGAACCAAACAGGUUGGGACUUUUUAGGGACUUGGGACUUAUAAGUUGGGACUAAAAAAAGUCCUAGAACUUAUGAACCAAACAGGGCCUUAGUUAUCCAUGGUCUCUUAUCCUGACUUCUCAAAAGCAGUUCAAUAAUGUCUAUUGGGAUGUCAUCUGUCAUGGCAAGUUUUUCAUGAAUCAAUUCUUGCUUCUGUUUAUUUAUUUCUCUUCUUCAGUAGUUUCCGCUCAAAGGCAGCACUUACCUGGAGAAACCAGAGGAUAUAAACGAGGCAAUACAGUUAAUCUCUUACAAUAUUUAGUAGAGAAGCACUAUUGUGCAAACACUAAUAUUGGUUUCUCUUCUCUUCGAUGAUAGUGCCAAACAAAUAAUGGUGCCGAACUGCACAUACAUACAUGUGGUGUUACAGAAUGAAGUCAAUCUCCUUAACCCGCUGGCUGAGCUAGAGAAGCAAGCACAAGAAGAAGCAUCUCGUGCAGUCCAUCAGCUCAUCCUGAUGUCAAGUGCCAAGACCGCUUCAACAUAUAAUUUGGCUGUCAAAGUGCUACAUCGCAUCUCACUAGACCUAUUGAGCUGCUUCCAUGACCAUACUUCAAAUAGGGGAGAUUAGUUUGCCUCUCAUCAUCAACUUUGGACCCUCUUUGCAUGGGCAUGUUUUUUCAAAGCGUACUUGUAUGAAAUAAACUGUAUUGGUUUUCAGUUUAUAUCUGUCCAUUGUUUUGCUCACAUCACAAAUUUUUAUAGCUAGAAAGUCCGGAGUUCGGUGCAAUCGAAACACAUAUUCCAGUCCAGCAUUGAUAGUUUAUCCCUAUUGGACAUGCAUAUCUUCCUCGAUGAGUAUGGCAGAAUCCAACAUCCGUUCGUCCUCUAUAUUGGGGCUCCAUGGCUGCCAAUCAACAGAGCAAGACCGGAGACCACCCUCUCCUCCAAUUUGGAGCUCCAUGGCCGCCAUUUGAUAGGCGCACUACCGUCGUUGCCUCCUCACCGCCUCACCUGGGAGAGCGCAGGCAGCGAUAUUGCCCAUGACUCGCCUCAUGUUCGGUUAACAAGAUGUAGUUCCAUUAGGUCCGUUGCUCCUCUUACAUGCAGAGCCUAGGAAUAUUCGAAACUGCAGGUAUGCGAGAAGAAAUAUUCUAAAUUAGCAGGCAGCAAAUUGACCAGGUUUACAAGCUAUUAGAUGUGCAUUUUUAAGAUGCAGUAGUCAUACUUUCUACUGGAAUUUGACUUAUAAUUCUAAAAAUUUGCUGAGCAAUGCGUCAACAGAAUGCAGCUGCAACUUGAUUUAUUUUAUGUCAAUUGGACUCUAGAUGAAGACGAACACAUCUGUUUCUAGAAUGUUGACCUGUUUCUGUAUGCAAAAUGAACUAUUGGUACUUUAUAAAACUGAAAUAUGGCAAUGGUUGCUGACAAGGAAUUUGUGCUUAAUGGAUUUCUAUUUUCUCCCUCAUUUGAACCAUACUGAAGAUGAUACGGUCAAAUUAUUUGAGGUGGCUUAUCCUGGUUUAUUUUUGUCAUAUGAAGUGCCAAAUAUCAAUAUUCUACAUUUGCUGCCAAUAUUUUACAAAUUAGCUUCAUUUAUUUACUGGUGUGCGUCUUUUUUUUCUUGAGAUGCUUAUUUAUGACGACUGUCUCUUCACUGGUUAUUGGUUUAUGUUUUCAAAUGAGAAACAUAGCUAAUUACUAACCUUUCAGGGGGAGAGCUGUUAUAAUCCUUACAAUCCACGAGUUCCAGGCCUGUUGAAUAAGCAAAGGUUUGGUCUAAGAAAGUGAGGUUGCUCGUGCAAUAUUCAUUGAAGGUCAUCAAAUCCCUUUGAUAGGGGUUAAAAGAGAUGGUGGCUUCAACUAUGCCUCAAGAGAUUUAGCAGCCCUUUGGCUGGUUACUGAAUCAUAGUUGAAAUGUUUUUUCUAUACCUCACUCUUUCUCGGUGUCCCUAUUUUCUGUAGAAUCAAAGUGGUAUAUUUCAUAGUUGAUGCAGUUCUGCCAUUGUAGGUGUGCUUUUCUGGUACAGCAAGGAGGGUUCUAUUUUUCCAAAAACAUAUAGUAAAGAUAGUUCAGCAGAAACUUUCACGAAGUAAUAGUGUUGUACUACCUAUGCCCGUGAUAUUGUUCUAACUUUCAGGAAGUGGUAUCGAGGAACGUGUUGCUUCAUGAAGGAUCAAGGCAGAUAGUUGAAGUGGAACAUGCAAAAGCAACAGUAUGGAAAUUCGUGGGCAGUCAGCUGCUUUUUUAGGGGAGGUGAUGGCGGUUCCCUUUGUUGGUAUCAAAUAAUAGUUACAUUGUUUAUGAGAUUACAUUGAGAAAAGUUUAGGGUUCAUCGGCCCAAUUACAAUGGUUUUUACCGUAAAAACAAAAGCUAA